AUGGCAACAUUAAGUUCAUGUAAACUAAAAUGUGAUUUGGACUGUGCCACGAUUAGUGAAAAUACUUUCAUUUCGUUGGACAAAGAACGUAAAGCUCUGUGGAUAUGUCGUGCAUGUAAACAUCGUCAAUCUAAGAGUGAUAAUCAGAACACUCCCAUUCGCGGCAAAACAAUGUACUCAGAAGGCUGUAUGGAGAAGGAGACAGAAGAAUUGGCAACCCUCAAUGAGUUCAAAAACGAGCUGACGCAAGCUACUGACUUUUUAGCUGCUGAACAGGCGGAUUUGAAAGUAAAGGUAGAACAAAAAGAUAAAGAAAUUAAAGAAUUACAGACUCAGACUUUAAAACUUAGAAAAGAAGUUUAUACCUUCCAUGGUCGACUGUUUACCAUUGAAAAAAUCUCUAGAGACAAUAACUUGGAAAUUAACGGCAUACAGGAUGGCCAGCGAGGAUCUGUUUGGAUUAUUUCACAUCCUUUGCAACACAAUUAA